AGAAGAUAUAUAUAUCCACCCCGAAACAAAAAACGAUCCAGCCUUAGGACGGGUAAGAGAUUGGGUCUGUAAACAAUGUGGAAAUAAUGAAGCCGUAUUUUUACAGCUAGCUGAAAAGAUAAGUUAUAAUCCCAUGGCGCUAAUAUAUGUUUGUACAAAUAAACAUUGCCAUUAUUGGGAAAAAGAAGCUCAACAAAUUAAUGAUGAUAAUUAUUUUAAUAGUGAGAAAUCCUCUGAUAUUUCAGAAGAUCAAGAUUUAUUAAAUAACAAUUUUUUUGUUAAACGUGAGAAAGAUAAUUUCCUUUUAUCAAAUCAUGAUGGUGGUUAUAUGAACAAAAAUAAAAAGGCAUGGAGAACCAUAAAAGAAGAAGAUGAUAAGGAUAAUGAUAAUGAUAAUGAUGAUGAUGAAGAAGAAGAAAAAGAAAAAAAAAAAAAUAAACAAGAAGAAGAAGAAGGAAAUAAAUUACAAGAAGAAUUAUAUAAAAUAUUAAAUCUUAAUGAAAAAAAAUCAAAUGAUAAAUUACAAAAUGAGCUUCAAUCAGAAGUAGAAAAUGAUUAUGACAUUAACGUGGAGGAAUAUUUCUGUGAAGAAUGA